UCGCUGGGCGGCCUGGCCAUCUCGCCGGAGGAGGGCUCCUGGGUGGCCAGCCUGUCACUGCUGGGCGCGCUGGUGGGCGGCCUUCCGGCGGGGCUGGCGCUGCGGCUGGGCCGGCGGCGCGUGCUGGCCGCCGUCGCGCUGCCGUUCGCCGGCGCCUGGUGGCUGGCCGCCGGCGCCGGCUCGGUGCGCGCGCUGUACGCGGCCGCCUUCGUCAGCGGCCUGUGCUCGGCCGUGGUCGCGCUCGUCACGCCCGUCUAUGUCAGCGAGAUCGCGCAGCCGCGUGUGCGCGGCGGCCUCUGCGCCGUCACCAAGGUGGCCUCCAACGCGGGCAUGCUGCUGAGCUUCAGCCUCGGUGGCUUCCUCGACUGGCGGCAACUGGCGCUGGUCGCCUCGGCCGGACCGCUGCUGCUGGUGCUGGCCUGCUGUGCCGUGCCCGAGACGCCCAGCUUCCUGCUGUUCCGAGGCCGCGAGCGCGAGGCCCAGGUGGCGCUGCAGUGGCUGCGCGGCGCGCGCGCCGACGUCGCCGCAGAGCACGCCGUGCUUCGCGCCAACAUCCUCCAGAUCCGCGCCGGCAGCGGCGGCGGCGGUGCAAGCGGCGUCGGUGGCGUGCCCGGGCGGCCGCGUGCGCUGCUGCGGCCCCUCCUCGUCACGUGCGGCCUCAUGCUGCUACAGAAGUUCUCCGGCGUCAACGCCUUCAGCUUCUACGCGGUGCCGAUCCUGUCCAAGACGUUCGCGCGCACGAGCGCGCACGGCGCGGCGGUGGUGGUGUGCCUGCUCCAGAUCCUGGCCGGUCUCACCUCGGGCGUCCUGAUCGACACGGUCGGCCGGCUGCCGCUGCUGGCCGUCAGCAGCGCGCUCAUGUCGCUAGCGCUGGCCGGCUUCGGCACGUUCGUGUACGUGGUGGAUGCGAGCCAACUGCUGACGGACGGCCAGCAGGCGCCGCUCGACUGGAUCCCCAUGUCGUGCGUGCUCGUAUUUCAGGUGGCCUUCUCGCUGGGCGUCGGGCCCAUCUCGUGGCUGCUGAUUGGCGAGCUCUUCCCGCUGAGGCACCGCGGCCUCGGCGCGUUCGCCACCUCGGUCAGCUACGGCUGCGCGUUCGUCAGCGUCAAGACGUUCGUGGACCUGGAGCGAGCGCUGGGUCUGCACGGCGUGUUCUGGCUGUACGCGGCCGUCUCGGCGCUCUGCCUCGUCUUCGUGCUGGCAUGGGUGCCGGAGACACGCGGCAAGGAGCUCCCGGAGAUGGAGAGGACCGGCUGCUGAAGAGAAUAGGCCCAGACAGCCGCGGUUACAUAUCAGCUGAACUGCCGGGCGCGGCAGUCGAUGGUAUGGAGGAUUGCCGAUGGAGGAAGAAGGAGAGAGAGAGCGUUACCUGUCAAAACGCUGAGAAGUUAGGUGGGCAAGGUGGUCAAUAUCCCAAGCGCUGCAGGAGGGCUGAGAGGAAUGACCCCGGGCUGCAACCGGUGGAGGCCUCGUAUGGAUAGUGGAAGCAUAGGCAUGCAAAUAUUGAGAGAAUUGGCGGACUGGAGAAGGUGGCGAGCGGUUCCAGAAGACGGUCGACUCACUGAGGUGGUAACGUUCGAAGCCCCAGAAUCAGUCAAGCUGCCGCUGGAACUGGUCAGCCAGGAGAGGCCUGUCGGCUGAGUUAUCAAAAUCCGGCACGCUUCUGAAGGGAUCAACGGAGAAAGGGCAGCGCUGUAUCACUCCAGCUCCUGUCAGGGAGGUCAGACGAGAAGAGCUGCUCGAGGGGCAGGAAUGAGGAGACGGAUCGGUCAGUAGGCUGGCUACAGUGUCGGAGAACACGCUGCGUGAGCGACAGCUUGGUCGUUGAGCAGACUAACGGACCAGCGGAGACGAGCGCUGUUGUGACAGAUAAAAUGGAGUGGGUUAGCGCGCGAAGAUGAAAGUGGCUGAAGGUACCCAGAGGCGAUGAAAGCAGAGAGACACGUCGCAUAUAUGUUGAAUGUGAAUGCUGAUGGAGCUUUUCAGUCUUCCACGCCCUACCAUCUACCUCCGUAUUGUUUGUAGCGCCGCAUGCCAGUACAAUCCACAUCCCUGGGCCGAGCGGUGGCCCGAGUUAAGACACGCUUGUUUUUCUACGUCGAGCGCCGGGCGUCCAUCCGCCGCGUUUGUUGUUACUAAUCGGAGAUGUAUGUUUGUUAUGUGUCAUUCAGCAGCAGCAUAGGCGCUCCUCACGUACUAUUGUAUUGUUACCAGCCGAUCUCAACCAGCUGCUCUGUGCACCCUUCAAAGUGUCUUGUAGUACAACUUCGCCAGCAGUGAGGCUUUAACCAACGCGUCGUAAUUUACAAUAGAACAGCUCUACGCGCA